CCACACGUUUGGUUCUGUUCAGCAGCGCGGCUGGUGGGUGAGAAGCGCGUUUAAGCUUAAUACUCUACACAGAAAGUGAGGCCGAAUAACGUGCACAUGCUGAGUACUGGAGGAGAGGGUGAAGGACAUCCUGUUUUAUUUCAGCAGUGUUGUUAUUCUUUGGGGUGAAAUGAAGAAUUUGAUUUUGUUUUGGAAACACUCAUAUUUCUGAUGCAACCGAACCUCAGUAACCUUUUUGCAGUACAGAUUUCAACAAAUUAUUUUUUCUCUCGAACAAAGAUGCAGAACUUGUCGGUGGUAGAAAGUCUUGCUAAUACAGACAUAUCGUGCUGUGAGCCUCCAAAAGACCUGGCAGCUGAGGCAGGUGCUGUGUCUCUCGGUGAAAGUGGCUGUAACUGGAUUGAAAGAACAAAUGAUGAAGAAAUUGUUAACCUUGAAGCAAUGCAGCAAAGCGUCCCUGUAAUGAACAGCAAACAGAGAAGUUAUGAAGGGUUUUCUGAGGGCAGUUUUAGUACCUCAGAACCCAGUGGUUCCUGGGGUGAUUUUGAAAGCUUCAAGGAGCCCUUAGACAAAUCAGAGAGAUUCAUUUGUAACCCUGAAGAUUUGGUGAAGUCAGCAAAAGCUUCUGGAGCCGAUCGGGACCUGAGCAGCGGAGGCUGCAGCAUUUCUGCUGCCCAGGUGUGUGCUGAGCCAUCUCUGUGCCGCGGGAUGCAGGAUGCUUCGGGCUCUCUGAAUGAGGAAGACCACAGCUAUGAGGAGAUAUUUAAGUUGGGCUUUCCAGAAGUCUUUGUACCACAGUCCAGAGAGUGCAUAAGAAGCUUAGAGCAAGUUCUUGAUGCAAAUAAUGAAGAUGUUUGGACUCCUGAACUUUUGAAGAAUCAAUUUUGCAUGGAUUCUGGAAAUGUAUGGAGAGCACUCAGAGACUUUGAUAAUACCCCCAGCUUAAGACAUCCCUGGAGUAAAUCUCAUUGCCAAGAAAACCUCUGGAGUGUUCUCGGAAUAGAUGCAAAUCAAAAGGAUGUUUCAGAAAACCAGGCUGAUAUUUUUGAGGACUCAAAUGUCAAAGAUAACGAGGACAUUAGACUUGAUGGAUUCAAUGUUAAUGACUGCAAAGCACUGAUCCAGACCAAGCUUUCUAUGUCAUCGGACUCCAGACAAGGUCACCUUUUCACCUGUAACCUCUUUUUGAAGACCACAUCAUCAAAUGAAAACACACAAUGUAUAACAAUCCCAAGGAAGAAGCAGAUUUUUGCUACACACAACCUAAAAAUGAAAUUUUUCAGUAGUGAUGUUUGCUGAACUAAAUGCAAUUUUUAGCCUUUUUUUCUUCCUUUUUUUUUUUUUCCAACUGAAUGCAGUUUACCUUCAUUUUGUUACUGACUUGGAAAUGUAGACUACAGAUGUUCUUUAGGAAAGUGACAUAUUGCUGUAUAUGAGGGACCUAAGGCCAUGUUAUUAGAAGCUAUUUCUCCUGUUUAGUUGUGAAGUCAAAUUUCGUAGUUUUGCCCUGCUAAGUUUUGCUGCAGAGUUGUGUCUCUUACAGUAAAUGCUGCAGCUGCAACCCUGCUUCAAGAUAACUCUGGUGGGCUCUUCUUACCUCUCAGGCCUUAAUGCACCUUCAAUCAAAACCCUUCUUUCCCUGCCAAAACCUGCACAAGUCUCAGGUGUCUUGUAAGUGCCUUGUCACCCUCUCUCCUCGUUCUUCUCCAGUUUG